GUUGUACAAACUCAUGUCCCGUGAAAAUAAAAGAAUUAAAAUUAUGAGAAUAAAAGGAAAGUAAACAGCAACGAAGUGCUUCAAUUCUAUAAAAAGUUUCAAGAAACCACACCUAAAUAACCCCCCUGCAUCCCUUCCACCUCAACUUUGGGCUCAGACAACUGCAAGAAAUGGAGGUUCAAUGCAGUCUUCUUGGCUGGGAAUUGUGCCACCACGAAGAGGGAGUGGAAGAGUUGAGACGUUCUCUCUUGUACACAACCUUCGAGUUAGAGACAACACUUGUAGCUGCUAAGGAGGAGAUCUCCAGAAGAGAACAUGAGCUGAUUAGUAUCAAAGAUCUGUUGAGCAGGACCAUCAAAGAGAGGGAUGAAGCACAGGCAAGAUGCCAGAAACUAACUUUGGAGAAACUCAUGCUCCAACAACAACUAAAGCAGCAGCAAGUACUAGAGCAGCAAGUCGCUGCUUUAAACAAUGAAGAUGAAUCAAAAGGCACCGACUCUGGCAAGCAUUCUGCCUCUUCCGACUCCCACGGCAGCAUGAUUUCCUCUCCGGACUCGGACCCAGGUUUACAACCACUGCCAGAAGCCGCCAUGCAGUUAAUAGCCGGGAAGCCACUGCCAGAAAAAGGGAAGCUCCUGCAGGCAGUGAUGGAAGCUGGACCACUCUUGCAUACCCUCCUCCUAGCCGGACCGCUCCCCCAGUGGCAGCACCCACCUCCCCAAAUCAACUCCAUUGAGAUUCCACCAGUGGCAAUUUCUUCCCCUUCACCACGUCUUGUACACCAAGACUCUGGAAUUAGUUUCAAUGGGUGUUUUAAUAACAAGUCUAAUGCUCUGUGAUAGCUCUGUUUCUUCCCCCAAGGGCCAAGUAUUGAGAGGUUGCCCUCCGUUGACCAACACCUAGCUAGCGUUUUCUCCUAGUUUUCUAGUAUGCCCAUCUUUUUCAUACUAUUAAAAGAUGAAAAGGUCAUUAGCAUGAAAUGGAUGGCGAUUAUUAUGCAUUUACUUUCCAAAAUCUGUACACAGCUUUAUCUUAGAAAUGAAAAUCCUCUAACUUAUCAAGCA